AAGAGAUGACGAUGAAUGAAGAAAAUUCUGUAGAUGAUCGUCUUCCAAAGUUCUUCAAAGUGUACUUACCUGAUGAAUCUGGAGAUGAUCUGGAAUUACCCAUCUCUUUCAACACCUUUUUACCAAGCUCGUUGCCUAAAAAUGUAAUUGUGAGAAGUAUUUGUGGGAACAUUUGGAAAAUGGCGUUUAGGAAGUGUUGUGGUGAUAUUGAGAGAUUAGUUAUGGUUCAUGGGUGGAAGAAGAUUGUAAAGAACGUAGGUUUGAAAGGUGGAGAGUUCUUGGAGUUUGAGUUUGAUGGCUCUCGGUGUUUCAAUUUCUGUAUCUUUGGCCAUGAAACGUGUAAAAAGCUUAGAAGUUCAGAGCAAAUCAAAGAGAUCGAACAUGUAUCUGAUGGCGAAGAUGAUAAAUGCAGUGAUGAUGAUAUCACAGUUCUGAAUGAUGGUGUUAUUGAUGAUCAAUAUUAUGGUGACGAAGAUAGAUCUAGUGAAAAUAUCAUAGUUCUUGAUGAGGAAAUUAGUGAUGUUCAAGAUUGUAAUGAGGAAGAUACAUAUAGUGAAGAUACUACAGUUCUUGAUUAUGCUGAUAAUGAUGAUACUAAUGAUGUUCAAGAUUAUGGUGAGGAAGAUACAUCUGGUGAAGAUAUCAUAGUUAUUGAGGAUGAUGAUGAUGAUCAAGAUUAUGGCGACGAUAAUUAUGCUGAGGAAGAGGAUGAAAGAAGGAGAGGACUUCAAACGGAGAGAAAAGAGAAAAGUUCUUCUGGAGAACAUGACAGACAAUAUCUGGACAAUCACAUGAACCCUUUCUUUACAGUGAACAAGAAGAAUAUGCAACGUGAAAAUCUGCGCAUACCAACUAAAGUCAUAGCUAAUAAUGGCUUACACUUCUCUGAGUUCAUAAAUCUGAUUGAUCCACUCGAGCAAAAGUUUGGUAAAUUGAAGAGGAGAAUUGAAGGCCAGAGAAUCAGGAGGUUCGGUAGUAUAAUCAGAAGGAACAAUGUGAAGUUGACUGAUAAAGUGAUUUGUGAGUUAGAAAAAGAGAUGGAUGGUUUGGUUCGCGAAUUCAAGGUCCAUGUUAUAAGAGGAUGA